AUGCGCGAAUAUUAUUGCUACAAGUUCCAGAUGCGCCGUGGAAUUUUCAACACCAUCUUGCAUGGGAAGCGCCUAUUCCAGCAAUUUGCAGUUGAUACCUAUAUAAAGCUUGAAACAUCGCGUCUGAACUAUAUUCUGCACAACCAAUCAAGAAUACGUGCAGAUCUUUACCAGGGCUUAGUGGAUAGUGUAUCUGCAGGCGAGAAUCGAGCGAGUGCAAUGGGCAAAAGAUGGGUCCUUCCAGCGUCAUUUAUUGGUGGCCCGAGGGAUAUGAGACGACGAUACAUGGAUGCUAUGGCCUUGGUGCAGAAGUACGGUAAACCAGACAUCUUCCUCACCAUGACUUGCAACCCUAACUGGGAAGAAAUACUUAGAGAGCUUGAACCUGGCCAGACACCACAAGACCGUCCUGAUCUUGUUGUGCGAGUAUUUAAAGCUAAAUUAGAUGAUCUUAAGUUUCAGCUCUUCCAUAAUCACAUCCUUGGAGUUGUUGCAGCGCAUGUCCAUGUCAUCGAGUUCCAGAAAAGGGGUCUACCGCAUGUACACUUCCUUCUUAUCAUGAAGUCAGGCUAUAAGCUUACAUGUCCAGAACAGUACAACACUGUCAUUUCCGCAGAGCUUCCAACCAAGGAAAGGUAUCCUGAGCUUCAUGAAAUGGUUGUCAAACACAUGAUGCAUGGUCCCUGUGGUUCUUUAAAUCCUGGUAAUGUAUGUAUGAAGAAUCAAAAUCGCACAUGCAAGAGCUAUUAUCCACGCCAGUUUACUGAUACAACUCUCCAAGGCAAUGACUCUUACCCCAUCUACAGAAGACGGGAUGAUGGGCAAAAGGUACAUGUAAGAGGGCAUGUCUUGGACAAUAGAUGGGUUGUACCAUAUAAUCCUAAGCUACUAAGGAGGUAUGACUGCCACAUCAACGCCGAGGUUUGUUCAAGCAUUAAGGCUGUCAAGUACCUUUACAAAUACAUCUACAAGGGUCAUGACAGGGUAUCUGUUUCUAUCAAUGAUGCCAAUGACAACCAUGAGAUUAAUGAGAUCGAUGAUUACAGGGAAGCUAGAUGGGUAGCCCCACAGGAGGCAUUGUGGAGAAUCUUUGCCUUCGAUCUUAGUGGGAUCUUCCCCCCGGUGCUCCAGCUGCAACUUCAUCUCCCUGGCAUGCAUCUCGUGUCCUACAGGGAUAACGCAGAUGUACGUCAGGUUUUGGACCAACAAAGUGCCUCUGAGACCAUGUUAACUGGGUAUUUUAAGGCGAAUUGUGAGUUCCCGUGGGCACGAAGCAUACUAUAUAGGGAAUUCCCAGAAUAUGCAGUUUGGAACCCUACAUUAAAGAAAUGGAAGAAGAGAAAACAACGCACACAGGUUGGAAGGAUCAUCUCAGCGCAUCCUGCGGAGGGAGAAAGAUACUAUCUAAGGGUACUACUAAACCACGUGGCAGGUGCUACUUCAUAUGAAAAUCUAAGGACAUUUGAUGGUGUUGUCUACCCUACCUUCCGAGAAGCUGCUGAGAAAAGAGGUCUUAUUGAGUCAGACAAUAACAUUGAUGAUUGCCUAACAGAGGCUGAAAUAUUCCAUAUGCCAUCAUCUCUCCGAAGGCUGUUUGCCACAAUAUUGGUUUUCUGCGAACCCAACGAUGUCUGUGGGAUAUGGAACAAACACCUAGAGGCAAUGUCCGAUGACUUCCGACGAGACCAAAUGAACUCACAUGUAGUUGAACAAAUGGUUUUGUUGGAUAUUAGAAAUAUGCUACAGUCAAUGGGUAAAGACAUAUCAUCAUUCCCUCUUCCUGAGAUCGAAGAGGAGCAUGACAACAUGUAUGGAGAGGUAAGGGAAAUAUUUGAAGAGAGAUCUAUAGAGGUAGACCAUGAAUUUGCCUCGGUCAUGUCAUCUCUCAAUUGUGAACAACGGUAUGCUUAUGACAAAAUAUUAUCCUAUGUUGACAGCGGUAAUGGAACUGCAUUCUUUGUUGAUGGUCCUGGAGGGACCGGAAAGACAUUCCUAUACAAAGCUUUGCUAGCGAAGGUCCGUAGUGAGGGAAAAAUAGCAAUUGCUACUGCAACAUCUGGUGUUGCUGCCUCAAUCCUGCCUGGAGGCAGGACUGCACACUCAAGAUUUAAGAUAUCAUUGGGCAUACAAGAAGGAGGAGUGUGUAACUUUACAAAGCAGAGUGAGACCGCGAAACUUCUUCGAAUGGCUUCACUUAUAUUAUGGGAUGAGGUCUCUAUGACAAAAAGGCAAGCAAUUGAGGCACUUGAUAAGAGUCUGAGAGACAUCAUGGAAAAGCCAGAUCUACCAUUUGGAGGAAAAACAAUUGUUUUUGGAGGCGACUUCAGGCAAGUCCUUCCAGUUGUGCGAAAGGGUACAAGAGCACAAAUAAUAAAUGCAACAUUACGCAAAUCUUACCUAUGGAAAAACAUGCAAAAGCUGAGGCUUGUUCGUAAUAUGAGGGCUCAAUCAGAUCCAUGGUUUUCUAAAUACCUACUACGUAUCGGGAAUGGCACUGAAGAAACUGUGAAAGAUGACUAUGUAAAGAUACCCGAUGAGAUAUGUGUGCCUUACACUGGUGCAGAAUCAGACAUUGAUAAUCUUAUUGAUAGAGUGUUUCCUAUGUUAGCAACACACAUAUCCAAUUCAGACUACAUCACAUCUCGCGCUAUUUUGUCAACAAGGAAUGAGAACGUCGAUGACGUAAACAUGAGGCUUAUCGAACGAUUUCCUGGUGAAGAGAUGGUCUAUCACAGCUAUGAUCUUGCAAUUGAUGAUCCAAACAACUACUACCCUCCCGAAUUCUUGAAUUCUCUAACCCCAAAUGGAUUACCACCGCACAUCCUCAAGUUAAAGGUCAAUUGCCCUGUGAUUUUGCUCAGAAAUCUAGAUCCAGCUAAUGGUUUGUGUAAUGGGACAAGGCUGAUAGUCCAAGCAUUUCAAAGGUACACUAUCGAUGCAAAAAUUGUGCUAGGUCAACAUGCUGGAAAAAGAGUAUUCCUACCAAGGAUACCUUUGUGCCCAUCUGAUGAUGAAAUGUUCCCCUUUAAGUUUAAGAGGAAUCAAUUUCCUAUCAGAGUGAGCUUCGCAAUGACGAUCAAUAAAGCACAAGGACAAACAAUCCCUCAUGUUGGAAUCUAUCUACCUAAUCCAGUAUUCUCUCAUGGUCAGCUCUAUGUCGCCCUGUCGCGAGCAACUGCUAGGAGAAAUAUCAAAAUACUUGCUGCAUCGGAAAAUGAUGCUAGCGUACAUUCAGCCUGCACCCUAACAAAAAAUAUUGUCUACAAAGAAGUCCUAACCUCGUAA